AUGGCACCUGCUGGCAGGGCUGUUGUUGUGGUAGCGCUGUCGCUGCUGUACCUGAGCCGAGCCAUUUUCUCCACGGAGUAUUUCUCCACUCUCACUUUCUCCGAGGGGGAGCUGAGCGAGCACGGCUGCGGCCCGCCGUCCGAGUGGGAGGAGUACACGGCGGACUGCGAAACCACAGUCCUCCAGUUGGAAGAUCCUGACUGUGAAGAGGGAAGCAGCCCACCCUGCGAGUCAGUUUUCUCUCUAAAUGCAGAGAAGAUCCUGAGCCAGGCGAGACUGUUUGUCGAGCAGCAGCGUUUCCCAUUCCCUGUUGAGGACCACAGCACCAAUGAAGAGCUCGCCAUAGGAUAUGUUCUCAUUGGCAACGGGCUCUACGAUGAAGCUGUCAAACACUUCUCCCUCUUACUGCAGGGCGAUCCAGAGCUGGUUAGUGCCAUGUAUGGGAGAGGGAUAGCCUAUGGGAAAAAAAGCCUGCAGGACAUAAAGAAUGCAGACUUGGCUCUGUAUGAGCUGAGUAGAGUCAUCACACUGGAGCCCAACAGGCCUGAGGUGUAUGAGCAGAGAGCAGAGAUCCUCUCUCCUCUGGGACGUAUCAGUGAAGCUCUUAGUGACCUCACUAAAGCCAUCCAGCUGCAGCCUUCAGCCAGGCUGUACAGACACAGAGGAACACUGCUGUUUAUUUCAGAGGACUAUAUUGCUGCUAUGGAGGAUUUCCAACAAUCUCUGGAGCUGAAGAGGAACCAGCCCAUCGCCAUGCUGUAUAAAGGCCUUACCUUCUUCCACAGGGGACUACUUAAGGAGGCCAUUGAAACAUUUAAAGAAGCACUGAAGUUGAAGUCGGACUUUAUUGAUGCACAUAAAAGCCUGGCUCAGGCCUACAGGGAGUUGGGGGACUUUGACAGUGCCAUGGAGAGUUUCCAGAAAGCUCUGAUGCUGAACCAGAAUCAUCUCCAGUCUCUGCAGCUCAGAGGGAUGAUGCUCUAUCACCAUGGCAGCCUGAAGGACGCCAUUGGCAACUUUAAGAGAUGCCUGCAGCUCGAGCCGUAUAAUGAGGUGUGUCAGUAUAUGAAGGGCUUGAGCCACGUGGCCAUGGGACAGUUCUAUGAAGGCAUAAAGGCUCAGACUAAAGUCAUGCUCAAUGACCCUCUGCUGGGCCAGAAAGCCAGUUCGGAAUACUUGAAAGUCAAAUACCUCAGAGAAUAUUCUCGAUAUUUACACUCCCAUCUGGACAUCCCUGUAGCAGAAUAUAAUGUGGACCAGGAUCUUCCAGGAAAUUUCAAAAACCACUGGGCCAAAAAUCUGCCUUUUCUAAUAGAAGACUAUGAAGAACAGCCUGGUCUGCAGCCACACAUUAAAGAUGUUCUACCUCAGGAUUUUGAGAGUUAUUCUCCGGAGGUGCAGAAGUUGAUCUGUACGGCGGAUCAUCUCGGGAGUCUGAUGCAGUACAACACAUCUGGCUUUUUGCCCAACCUUCGCAUACAAAGGGCUAUGGGAAUGGCCACCAUCGAGGUGAUGCAGGCGAUGCAGCGGACCUGGAGUAACUCUAAAGUGCGUGUGAAUGGUAAAACCAGGCAGCUGCAGUGGAGAGACAUGUUUGAUAUUGCUGUUAAAUGGAGGAGAAUUGCAGAUCCAGACCAGCCUGUUCUGUGGUUGGAUCAGAUGCCAGCGAGGAGUCUCAGCAGAGGAUUCAACAACCAUAUCAACCUUAUUAGGGGGCAGAUUAUAAACAUCAGAUAUAUGGAAUAUUUUGGCAGCAUAUUAAACUUCAUCAAAGAAAGAAUAUUAGUCUACCAUGGGGCAUAUAACCCUCGUGGUCUUCAGGAUGUGAAACAGGCUCUAGAGAAUGUGAAUAAAGUAGAGGAUCUGCUUCCUAUAAUGAAGCAGUUCAAUAGUAAAACGAGGGAUGGCUUCACAGUGAACUCGAAGGUACCCAGUACAAAGGAUCCUGGGAAAGAAUACGAUGGCUUCACAAUCACCAUCACCGGAGACCGUGUGGGGAACAUGCUGUUUUCAGUGGAGACGCAGACGACGGAGGAGAGAACGCAGCAGUAUCAGUCUGAGAUUGAAGCUCUUUAUAAAGACCUGACGGCUAAAGGAAAAGCACUCAUGCUCUCCUCUGAACUAGGGGAUGCAGAUGCGGUGUGUAAUCUAAUCCUUUCUCUGGUGUAUUACUUCUGUAACCUCAUGCCCCUGUCCAGAGGCUCCAGUAUUGUGGCCUACUCCGUAGUGAUGGGAGCGCUCAUGGCCAGUGGUAAAGAGGUGGUAGGCAGAAUCCCAUCUGGAAAGUUGGUGGACUUUGAGGCCAUGACCACACCCAGCCUUGAUCGCUUCAGUAAAACCACAAAAAGCUGGAUGAACCUAAAGAGUUUGCCAAGUUGGUACCAGAACCUUCCAUCUGUAGCGGAGACAUUCCAGUUUUCCAGAACCAUGAUUGAAGUCCUGAACACUGACUCUUCUACUCACUGUCCCAAAAAAUCCUAAUGAAGCUUCUUCCGGUUCUGAAAUGGGCUGCUUCCACUUCCUCCCACCAAACAGGCUGGACUUCUGCUUAUCCCUUCUUCCAGUUUAAAAAGGCAGACCUUUUUCCCUUCUGGUCUUAAACUUUCUUUUAUUUUCAGAGGGUCUUCACUAACUUUUCUAUUUGACUAAUAGGCCUAUGCAUUCGCCCUCCCCAGCUGAUGUCCGGAGAUUAGAUAGUUUAUAAGAUUGACACAAACAAAGCACACUUAAAACUUUUUAAAAUUCAAAUUUCUAUUUAUUUACUUCAUGUUUAACAUUUUGAGUGACAAUCAUAUUUUAAUUUGUAAGUAUAAGGCAAAGAUGGAUAGAGCACAAGUCCCCUCAUGGCCUGCAUAUUGUGGUUUUCCCAAUUACACACUCCUUCAGGGGCUUGAUAACUCCAUGAGCAGGAAAACAUGGAAAAAUGUGAAAACUUGAUCCUGGAAACUAAGGAUUACUGAUUGAUUCCAAAUUUUAAAUCACAGUCAAAAGAAACAAUGGUCUUGGUGAUGUUUAGAAGACAACAGUUCGGUUAGGUUGGUUUACUUGCCUUACUUUGAUCUCUAUUAAUUUGGAAUGUAAAACCUCCUCUUCUUUUCUUGGUGAUAGGUUUUGUAUUCAGGUCAUUUUAUGUCUGUUUGAAUGUGAAGGAUGACAGAAUGCUUUGCUGGAUGCUGGGAAGUGAAUUAUAUUUAAAACAUAAUUGCCACAUCCAACCCUUCUGCAUUUACUUUGUUUCUCUACUGUGAGCUGGAAAGAACAAAACAUGGGUUGAAAUUCCUUCUCUGUAUUUUAUUUGGAAAAGGUGUGCUUGACUUAAACAUUUUAAUUUGUGUUGUUUUUCUUAAGGUCUUUUUAAAUACUGAUUUAAAAAAGAGGUUUGAAUUGCUUACUCAGUGAGCCAUUCUACACUGAAAUGAAACUUGACUUUGAAAGUUUUUUUUUUUUUUUUGAAGAACAGUGGGGAACACAAGUGUUAAUAAAGAUGAGAUUUAACAAUGAA